CCCGCGAGAGUCGGGACAAAUACCGCGAGAGCACGGUCUCGAAGGAAGUGAUUAACCUAAGGGAGUACGCGUACGUGGGCGUGUCUGGGAGCUCAAGGAGCCGCCAGCUGAAAGACUGAUUUUAAGUUAGAAAUGGGACGGAACGUAGCAGUCAAAUGGUCUGACCUUCAUUUAACAGAAAAAGGAUGAGCCAGGGAUCCAUGAUGAGAAAGCAGCCAAAGCUCUCAUCUCCGGAAACUAGUUUGCUGUGUGCUCUCCUCCACAUCCCUGUUGUUACUGGCUGACAUGAAGAAGUCUUUGCAAGGAGCACAAUUCAAGUUUUGAAGAGGAAGCCAAAACUGACUCCAGGAUUCACAAUGUACUGUCCGUAUGGUCUUAGGCAGCCGGCCAUCGGUGACUACGUCCAGCCCCAGACUGGGGUGUGUCCCUCCGGGUCGGACUUUAACACCUCAUCCAAGCUGGCAGGACGCUGUGCUCUUUGGUUUGCCUAUCUCGGGCCUCCAGCCUAGCCGCCCAGACAGCUGAACUCGCCGCCAGGGCGUGUCGCGUCGUCACGCAGAACCUCCCUGCUUCUACCCAUCAGUCCCGUCCGCUACCCCGACAGGAAUCGAGCUUAAACUACGAAAUUUCGUCGCACCUCCGGACGUGGGGAUCACAAUCUUGGACCUCAGACCCACUCGGGUGUCCUCAUGACUUCUUUUGCGGACCAUGUCCAUGAUCCUUUUUGCCUGUGUGGUAAGGGUGAGGGAUGGACUGCCUCUCUCGGCCUCCACUGACUUUUACCACACCCAAGAUUUUCUGGAAUGCAGGAGACGGCUCAAGACUUUAGCCUUGCGAUUGGCCCAGUAUCCAGGUCGAGGUUCUGCAAAAGGACGUGACUUCAGUAUCCAUUUCUCUUCUUCGAGGGAUGUGGCCUGCAUGGCUAUCUGCUCCCACCAGUGUCCAUCUGCCAUGGCCUUCUACUUCCUGGAGACCCUGUGGUGGGAAUUCACAGCUUCCUAUGAUACCACCUGCAUUGGCCUAGCCUCCAGGCCAUACGCCUUUCUCGAAUUUGACAGUGUCAUUCAGAAAGUGAAGUGGCAUUUUAACUAUGUAAGUUCUACCCAGAUGGAGAACAGCUUAGAAAAAAUUCAGGAGGACCUCAAGUUCCAGCCCCCAGUGGUUCUCACUCUGGAGGACACAGAUGUGGCCAAUGGGGUGAUGAAUGGUCACACACGGAUGCACUUGGAACCUGCUCCUAAUUUCCGAAUGGAGCCAGUGACGGCCCUAGGUGUUCUUUCCCUUAUUCUCAACAUCAUGUGUGCUGCCCUGAACCUCAUUCGUGGAAUUCACCUUGCAGAACAUUCUUUACAGGUUGCACAUGAAGAAAUUGGAAAUAUCCUGGCUUUUCUUAUUCCUUUUGUAGCCUGCAUUUUCCAGUGUUACUUGUACCUGUUCUAUAGUCCAGCCAGAACUAUGAAGGUGGUGCUGAUGCUGCUUUUCAUUUGCCUGGGCAACAUGUACCUGCAUGGGCUGAGGAACCUCUGGCAAAUCCUUUUCCACAUAGGAGUGGCUUUCCUGUCUUCACAUCAGAUACUGACGAGGCAGCUUCAGGAGAAGCAGUCUGACUGUGGAGUGUGAGGAUGACAUUGUGGGAUGAACAGAUCCGUUGAUUUCCUUAUGAGGGUCAUCAGUGUUUCCCUUUCUGCUUCUUGACUUCACCUCAAGUUUCCAUCCUUGAAGUUCCUUUCGACUAAAGCAGACUGCCACCGAGAAUUGGGGAUUUUUCACAGGUGCAGUUGAAAGCAUGAGGUUGUUUGACACCCAGUCCUGGUUUUGUCCUGAGUGUUACUGCGGAAUCUCCAGUUCAGCUCGUUUACUUUGGACAGCAGAAUCGGGGGCUCAUUCAGAAGGAGCAUUAGUGGAAGACCAAAAUGGAAUUAUUUUGGUCUUUUAAAUCGAAUGAUGCAAUAAACCACUAGAUUCAAUAACACUAGUUUUAGUAAUUAGCAGUUGUCUCCGAGGAACCACUUAAAAAUCUGUAUCAGCUUUUCAAUCUAAGUGUGACUUGGUCAGUUUUUUAGAGGAUCAGUACAGGGUGAAUUAAAAACUUUAAAAAGUGGUUUAUAAUGAUAAGCUAGAUAAAUUCUGUUUACAUUUUUGAUAACUUAGAUCUGAUAUGAUACCUUUAAAAUAUUUAUAUUUUGGAUAUAAAUUGAACUUAUCUUCAUUUGGGGUAAGGACAAAUUUGAGCUGAGAAAAUAGUUAAGAAAGCUGAAUUUAAUUUAUUUAUAACUUUUUGUGGUGGUGGGACUGUAGGGGUACAGAAAUGUUUUGUAUUUAUUUGCAGGGUUUCUGAAUAUUUUAAAAAUUGGGUCACCAGUACUACUGGAUCAUAAGCUUUUAAGCAUGAGCAGAAAUGAGAAUUUCAGGAUUUCUUGCAGUUGGCCACAAACUGGAGCAGGUGAGUCUCACAGAUUCACACAGUGGCACUUUGAAGUCACAGGUGGCAGAGGCUGCUGCCAUCAGCCUUGUAUGUGGUGGCCAAGUGCCUGUCAUUUCAAUGAUGUCAUUUAACACUUGCCCCUGUGUACUUGUUCUCAGAACUCCCAAAUACUCCUGCACACAUUUCCCAAUCAUCUUAAUUAGAUUAAGGGCCUUGGGGGAGUGCACCCAUCAUGGCACAGCAGAAACAAAUCUGACUAGUAUCCUAGAGGAUGCAGGUUCAAUCCCUGGACUCACUCAGGGGGUUAUGGAUCUGGCAUUGCCCUGAACUAUGGUGUAGGUCACAGAUGUGGCUUGGAUCUGGCGUUGCUUCGACUGUGAGGUCAGCAGCUGAAGCUCCAAUUUGACCCCUAGCCUGGGAACCUCCAUAUGCCGUGGGUGUGCCCUCCCCCACAAAAAAAAAGAUUAAGGGCCUUCUUUCUUUCUUUCUUUCUUUUUUUUUUUUUUAACAAACAAAAGUUAAGUGUGUGUUUUUUUUUUGUUUUUUUUUUUUUUUAAUUUUCUUGCUGUACCCACAGCAUGUGGAAGUUCCCAAGCCAGGGAUUGAAAACAAGCACAGCUGCAGCUGUGGAAAUGCUGGAUCCUUUAACCCACUGUGCCAGGGUGCGGGAUCAGUCCUGCACCUCUGCAGCCACUGGAGCUGCUGCAGUUGGAUUCAUAACCCAUUUCACCACAGUGGGAACUCCAGUGUGUUACCUUUUUUAAAGCUUUAUAAAGAUAUAAUUAACCCUGUGCUCUGAAAAGUUACUUUUCUUUCUCUCAUUGUCAAAAUAUCGACUGAUCAUAGUUUUCCAAAAUUUCUCUCUGAAUAUGAUCUCUUAGGUGUCUGGAAAUUUCAGCCUGGGUUGUGCAGUACAUUCAGGAGGCCGUUUUGGGGGUCUUUGGAUUGUUCUUGGUAGAAGUCUGAAAUAGCUCCACCACAAUUGCAUAGAAUACUCUGGGUUGAAUCAUGUGGUCUUGAUACAUUAAAAAAUGCUCUUUGGUAGUUUUUAAAUGUCAAAAGCCACUGUAAGAGUUACUGAGUAGAUGUUAAAAGCCAGGAUGUCGUUUUUGGGGAUUCACUUGUACUUGGUCAUUACUGGUGGUGCAUGGUAAUUGAGCUACUUUGGUGUCACUUUAAAGGAAAACAAGAUCCUGUGACUGUGAACUGUGUUGGGAAAAUGUUGCCAUGGUAAUUUUAUUUUCUUAUAAUAGAAUUUCCUAUUUUUAAUCGAAGUAUCUGGAUGUGAAAGUUACAUUGGCAGCAUCCUCAGAUGUAAACUUCAGAGUCAUCUUUUCACUGAUUUUGCAUCUGCAUAAUUGCCUGUAUACCCAGCAGGUUUUCUGAGACAUAAUUUUGAAAAUAUAUUGAAAUAGAAGCUAAGGAGGGGAUACAAAUCCUUUUGUAUUAGAAUCGCACACAAAAGCCUUUAAAAGUUGGUUAGAACUGCUUACAAGCCUGUGUACUAUUGGUGCUGCCAUGUAGCCCUGGACCCCUGAUCCUGUGAUCCAUAGUCAGCAAGUAGUGAAGCCCAUUUCUUGUAGAGGAGCCCAUCCUAGUGAAUGCCUUCUGUCCUUGCGGAGAAGUUAUCCACACUUAGAUGAGUGAGGCAUCAGUUAACAUCUACACAGGUUUGAGAUUUACUUUUGACAACAAAAGGGAAAAGACGCACUUGACAAACGGUACAAAAUAAUGACCACAUAAACAUUAUUUAACUGAAAUCCAGCUAAGAGAAGUCUCAGCUCACCCAAUGAUAUAGGAAAGGCAUUCUGGAGAUUUUAUCCAAGGGAAGUCCUAGGCACAAGCUUUGGUUCGGGCCUGGAGUUUUGUAGCACCCUGUGCCAUCCUUAAUGCUAGAAAGUUGAGUCCAUGUUAUAGGAAUUACCCUCGCUCUGCCAGAGACCUUUUCUAUUUGUUCGAGCACCUUUGUCUUCUUAGUGGUUGCCCAGCUGACUUCACAGGGUUAGAUCCAGGGAGAUAUGGGGUAAUGCUGGAAAAACCUUAUUAAGUGCCUUUUGCUGUCAGAUGUGGCAAGAUCUCAAGCAUCAGCAUGUGUGACGCCCCAUGUGCUGUAUCUGGGCGGGGAUGUAGCUCAGUGCUUUCUGGCAGUUGCCCAGCCAAAGGGUCGAAGCACAAGGGUUCCCUUUCUGAAAGUGCGGUAAUGAGGGAACCAUGUAGACUCUGCUUUCCCUUCCCCAGGUGCGCCUGACUGUGAUGAGUACCAUGCGUGGCUUUCUUUUCCUGGGUGGGGGCAUAUUGGGGUGGGAUUUCUUUCAGCUUGUAUUCAUCUGGGAGUCAAGGCUCAACACUUUGAAAGUUCUUCAAGGGGUGGGGAAGAGGGUUUGGGGAGGAGAGCUGAAAUUAGAACAUUUAACAUCAUUUCUACCAACCCUACCUUGAGUUUCCUGUUCUUUUCCUAGGUGCCCCUGUUCAGGUCUCCCUUGACUCUUUUCACUCUAUACUUCAGUCCUAGGGACAGAGGCUGAAGCUGGAGUCUCUGCAGGGAUGAGGAAGCCACCUUUUAUUGUAAUGUCCAGGGUUGGCCCAGGAACUUCAGAGAGAGAGAGCAGAUUGCACAAGGCCUGGCCCUAACCCUGGGCACCUCCAGGAGCCCUGGUGCACAGCACAGCUAGAUGUUUGGGGCACGGGAAGCAGGGGUUAGGUGGGGAGGGGAGCUGGGGUCUGGCUAUCUGCUGCUGCAAGACAGCAGCUGCUUCUUGGCAUGUGGGCUGUGUAUCGCACCUUCAUUCAGGGCUGCUGUUUGCUGUUCCUUGAAGGAGUGGGCUGCUGUAACAUGCAGGACAGGUGGCCCUCAGAGAACAGUGCAGCACAGGUGAGGACCUGUGGGGAGGGAAUGUUUACAGCAACCAGAUAUGCAGGCAGACCCCUGCCCCAACAUUACUCACAUUCCAGGUGAUUCUAUACAGAAUCCUUCCUGCCCAGGCAGAGGGAAGCCCUGUGUGCACCGUGAGUGUUAACAAUGGUGGGAGAGAGAGUAGAUGUGCCUUUGAGAGAUGAGAGGGGAAGGAGGGCCCAGUGCCCAGUCAGUCUGAGGCCUGGAGGCUCUUCGCCUUGAUCCAGUGCCACCAUGAGUAAGUUGCUGCCUUCGGCCCCAAUGAUCUCUCCUGGGAAAUAGUGGUGACGUCCUCCUGCUCCCCUGGCAUACUGUCAGGAGGGUAAAAGUGGUAGUGGGAGGGGAUGCUGGGUGAAUCCCCCAUUUGUGUGUAGGAGAAGGGAGCCUUUGAGUUCCAUCACCCAACACAUUGAGGAUGUGCAUGCUUCAGGCAGCUCAGUGUGUCUUCUGGCCUUUACAAAAAGGGUGUUAAUAAUGCUGCAAUGUAAAUGGCCUCAUGCUUUCACUCCAAAAACAUAGUGGCCUCUCUUCCUCCCCCUGGACCUGCCUCCUGCCUUGUAGGCACAGAGCCCUCGGUACCUGUGGUGUUGGGUCCUCCAGGAUCCAGGGAGGCCAGUUCUGCUGGUUGGACCAAACUUCAUGGCCCGUCAGAAGACCCAAAUGAGAAGAGCUCUGAUUCUCCCAUCUGUGGAGCAGUGAUGUCAAAAUUCUGUUGCUCGGGAAACAUCAUUGGCAGAGAACCUGUGAAAAGAGGCUUGUCAGUAAAAUCUGGGAAUGACCGGAUAUGGAAACAUCUGCCCUUGUGUACCGAUGGCAGAGCUGUUGCCCACAAGCGCUUUUUAUUUAGGGUAAAAUUAUCAAAUCCAUUCUGUUCCUCUACCCUGUGCUUGGUACACAUGACCUUCUUUAACCCUUAUAUGAUUCUGGGGGUGGUUUCAGAAGUGAUGUGACUCCCAGGAUUCCAUUUUGUUUAAUGGACUUUUCUACUAAGGGCAUAAAAGAUUGAGGCUGAUUUAGCCAGGGCAAAACCAUUUACUUUCAUGUAUUCAUUUUGAAUGCUUGCUGUCCAUAUUAUAUAAGCUUCUUACUGUUUUCGUGUAAUAACAAAGAUCUAUUUUGAGUAAAUGAUGAGUACAUUUUAACAAAAUUUUACACAGUAGUAAAGCCAAAUUGUGUUAAUGUAGGUAAAGAAUGUUGUAUAGCCAUUUAUAUACUAUGUAUAUAUAAAUUCAAUGAGGUGGCUUCAGGAGUGGGAGGAGAAUAAAUCUAAGGUGCUUAUUGA